AUGGCAUCCAAUCCACAUCUCGUCGUUGUCACAGGUUUUGGUCCCUACAGAAACUAUCUUGUGAAUUCCAGUUGGGAAGCAGUAAAGGAACUGGCAAACCUUGGUCUUGGUGACGAUGUCCAUCUUGAGAUCCUGGAACUUCCUGUGAAAUAUACUGAGGUGGAGAAGAGGAUCAGGAAGAUUUGGGCAGAGCUACAACCUAAGCUGUCUGUGCAUAUUGGAAUGAUGGCCUCAUCUAAAGCGAUUGUCCUGGAGCAAUGUGCAAGAAACAAAGGAUACGUGGACAGGGACCUCGGCGGUGCUCACCCUCAGGACGGUUGCUGUUUGCUGGAAGGACCAGAAAGAAUUGAGUCUUCCAUUAACAUGAAAAGUGUCUGCAAAAAUAUUUCAUGGCCUGGGAUCGAUGUGAUCUAUUCCAGAGAUGCUGGGAGAUACCUUUGUGAAUACGCGUACUACAUCUCCCUGUACUAUGGAAGUGGCAGAGCCGUGUUUAUUCAUGUGCCCCAAUUAAGCAAAACAUUCACAACAGAAAAACUGGGACAAGCUUUGCAAAAGAUUAUCCAAAUGGCGUUGAGACAACGGGGCAUACAUCAGAUCUUCCACAGACAU